AUGGACCCCGCGGUGCCCAGGGCCACGCUGAAGGUGCUGGCGCUGUGCGCGGCGCUGCUGGUGCUGGUGGCGGCGGUGACGGUGGCGGUGGCGGUGAUGGUGUGGCGCUCCGAGGCCGUGGGCAAGCUGCGGGGGUGCCGGGAGCGGGCGGCCAACGAGAGCCGGGAGCUGGGGGAGCGCGUGGUGGAGCUGGAGCGGGAGCGAGCGCGGCUGGAGCGGGAGGAGCGGGCGCUGCGCAGGGAGCUGGCCCGGGCGCGCGGGGACGGCAGGAAGGGCAAUGCCAGCCUGGCGAACUGCCGGGAGCGGGCGGCCAGGCUGGAGGCCAAUGUCACCGCGCUGGGGGACGAGGUGGUGGCCCUGCGGCGCGAGCGGGCGGAGCUGGCCGGGGACAAGGCGGCCCUGCAAGAGGAGGUGGCGCGGGGCGCGGAGCUGGCGCGGGGGCUGCGGCGGCGGCUGGAGGAGGCGCUGGAGCAGCAGCGGGCGCUGCGGGAGCGCGGGGAGCGCUGCGAGGGCCGCCAGAGAGAGCUCCAGGACACCCUACGGGAUUACGCGGCGGAGCUCGAGGCGCUGCGGCGGCGCGGGAGGGACCGACCGACCGGGAGAAGGUGCCCCCCGUCCCGGAAAGGUUGAAGCCCCGCAGCCCCCCGGGCCCCUCCC